AAAAAAGAUAAGAUAUCAAAUGGAACAAAUAGAUUCCAUUCCAGGAAAAUUAUUAUGUGCAAUAUAUAUGUUAUCGAAAAAUCAAUAAUUGGGGGCUAAGCAAAAAAGCCAUUUGAAAGGUAAAAAAAAUAUGAAAUUUUAUUUUAGAUCUUGUAAUUCAAUAAGAUUAAAGAAUGAUUGAUAUCAUAGAAGAAUAUCUCGAAAACAAAAACAGUAAAUAGUUAUUCGGAUAACUUUUACAAAUAUGUAAUGAAGAAUCAUUUAUAUCUGAUGAUUGUGUUUCAUAGACAAGCAAUUAUAAGUAUCGUCGUCCUCAAAUGAUUAUUUUACCAAACAAAAAAUUUGAAAUGAAUUUUAGAAAGUUUAGUCAAGGGUAAAAAGUNAAUAAUAUAGAAAAAGUAGAAAUGAUUUUGAAGAAUUGUUAAAAAGAUAAUACCUAAUCUCUUUGCAAUUAUAUUAUGAAAUCUAUAGAUAUAUCUAACAAUCCAAAGUAUUACACAUCAAUAAUUAAUAUGGAUUAAAAUAUAAGCAUAUCGAGAAAGCUUUUUAUAUAAAAAUUAUUCUUUAAAUAAAUUGAUUGGAUCCUCGAAAUUUGUUUUCAUAAUAACUGCUUUUGUUAAUCCUAUUUUGCUUUUGAUUAAUUUUAAAUAAUUAUAUCCAUGGCUAUUUGGUAUAGCUUAAUUUAUUUAUUUGUGAAAUAUUAUUAAAUUAUUUAAAAAAAUUCUGGAUUAAAUUCUACAUCUGAACUUUUUAAUACAGGUAUAUAAUUUUUUAUAUUAAAUAGUAUAUUAUAGGAUAGAUAUUAUAAUAAUCUUGGAUUUCAAAUAAGAUUUCUUAUACAGUAUUCUUAAUAGUGGCUGA